ACAAGAUGAACCCUUUCUUUUUUCUGGGUUUUGGACAUUCUCAUCUAGUCUACUUCUGGAAUAGAAGCGUACCUUUCAACUCAACAAAUGAGACGUACUGCUACAGCACUGCCCGGGGCAGCACCGUGCUUCAAGGAGUAACUUUUGGUGGAAUCCCAACUGUCCUGCUGCUUGAUGUAACCUUCUUUUUUAUUUUAAUAUUACUGUUUUCCAUCAUAAGAAAGAGAUUCUGGGACUACGGUCGUGUUGCUCUGGUGUCAGAAGCUCAAAGUGAAUCACGAUACAACCGACUGUCAACAUCUUCAUCAGUACCUGAAGAUCUUGAAUAUGAUAGGGGGUUUUGUUCUUGGAUGACAGCUGCUUUUCGGAUGCACGAUGAUGAGAUUCAUGAGAGAUGUGGUGAAGAUGCCAUACAUUACCUUGCCUUCCAGCGCCACAUCAUCUGUUUGUUGAUUGCUGUCAGCAUUUUGUCUGUGUGUGUCAUAUUGCCUGUCAACCUAUCAGGUGAUCUACUUGAUAAAGAUCCUUAUAGUUUCGGAAGAACAACUAUAGUAAACUUACAAACUGGCAAUAAUCUUCUUUGGCUGCACACAGUUUUUGCUGUUAUUUACCUGAUUCUGACAGUUGUCUUCAUGAGACAUCACAUGAAGUAUGUCACAUAUAAAGAAGAAAACAUAGUUAAGUGUACAUUGUUUAUAACUGGUCUUCCAAAAAAUGCAAAAGAAGAGACAAUACAAGGCCAUUUCACUGCUGCCUACCCAACCUGCACUGUGCUGGAGGUCCAGCUGUGUUACGAUGUAGCCAAGCUCAUUCAUCUUUUCAAAAAAAGAAAACAGGCAGAAAAAAGCCUGACUUACUAUGAACACCUGCAUCAGAAGUAUGGCAAGCGGGUCCAAAUCAACCCUAAGCCAUGUGGUCAAUUCUGCUGUUGUGAAAUGAGAGGAUGUGAAAGGGAGGAUGCCGUAGAUUAUUAUACCAAAGUUAGAAAUGAACUGAUGGAAGAAUAUUCAAAAGAGGAACAAGCUGUUCAUAAUAACCCACUGGGAAUGGCUUUUGUAACAUUUCAAGAGAAAUCCAUGGCAACCUAUAUCCUUAAGGACUUCAAUGCCUGCAAAUGUCAGAGCAUUAAGUGUAAAGGAGAACCCCAGCCAUCAUCCUACAGCAGGGAGCUGUGCGUGUCAAACUGGGAGGUUACAUACGCUCCUUAUCCUGAGAAUAUUUGUUGGAAAAAUCUUUCAGUGCGUGGACUGAAAUGGUGGUUUAGAUGGGCUUGCAUAAAUUUGCUUCUUUUUAUUGUGCUUUUUUUUCUUACUACUCCUUCCAUAAUCAUCACAACCAUGGACAAGUUCAAUGUCACUAAACCUAUUCACUACCUUAAUAAUCCCAUCGUCAGUCAGUUUUUCCCAACGCUCUUGCUCUGGUCCUUCUCAGCUUUACUACCAACAAUUGUCUAUUACUCAACUUUGCUGGAGUCCCACUGGACAAAAUCUGCAGAGAACAGAAUAAUGAUGCAUAAAGUCUACAUAUUUUUGAUCUUCAUGGUACUGAUUCUGCCCUCCCUUGGUCUUACCAGCCUUGAUUUUUUUUUCCGUUGGCUGUUUGACAGAGAAUCGUCCGAUUCUGCAGUUAGGCUGGAGUGUGUCUUUUUGCCUGACCAGGGAGCCUUCUUUGUCAACUACGUGAUUGCCUCUGCUUUCAUUGGCAAUGGGAUGGAGCUGCUGCGCCUCCCUGGCCUCAUCCUUUACACCAUACGCAUGAUAAUGGCCAAGUCCACAGCAGAAAGGAAAAAUAUUAAACAGCAACAAGCAUUUGAAUAUGAAUUUGGAGCAAUGUACGCCUGGAUGUUGUGUGUGUUCACUGUCAUCAUGGCCUAUAGCAUUACAUGUCCCAUCAUUGUCCCAUUUGGUUUAAUAUACAUACUCCUGAAACACAUGGUUGACCGUUAUAACCUUUACUAUGCAUAUCUGCCUGCCAAGCUGGAGAAGAAGAUGCACUUUGCCGCUGUGAAUCAGGCCCUUGCAGCUCCAAUUCUCUGCCUUUUCUGGCUCUAUUUUUUCUCAUUUUUGCGGCUAGGCUUUAAAGCACCUACAACCAUGUUUACCUUCCUAGUUGUCAACAUCACAAUCGUUAUUUGUUUGGCUUAUACUUGUUUUGGCUGUUUCAAGUACCUGAGCCCACUGAAUUAUAAGAUAGAAGACACGCAAGGUGAAAGAGGAAGCGACACAGAUGUGCCAACCAUCCCAACAUCUUCUAUGUACGUGCCCCGAGUUUUGCAUCCCUAUUCUACAGAAAGGACGAUGCUUGCCCAUAAGGAGCAGCAAUCAUAUGGCACCAUGGACAACACUAAUUCACAGGCAGAAGAAAUCAUAAACUAUUCUGCUGGACCUGCAAUUAUUGAGCAGGCAUCGAAAGGUUCGCUUUGA